AUGAAGAAUGUUGUGAAGUAUGCGCACGUGCAUAACGUGGAAGAUGUGCUAAGGGCAUUGGACGUGGAUGCCAACAAAGGAUUGGUGAAGAGCCAACUGGUAAAGAGGAGAGAAAGGUAUGGAUUGAAUGAGCUAGAAGUAGAGAAGAAGAAAGGAAUUAUGGAAUUGAUUCUAAAUCAAUUUGACGACCUGUUAGUGAAGAUCCUUCUGCUUGCAGCGUUCAUAAGUUUCGCAUUAACAUUACUAGAUGUUCAGAAUAAUGAAGUUGCUAUUUGUGACUUUAUAGAACCGCUAGUCAUAGUAAUGAUAUUGAUUCUAAAUGCAGUGGUGGGGGUAUGGCAAGAAUGUAAUGCAGAAAAAUCUUUAGAAGCACUGAAGCAAUUACAACCAACAAAAGCAAAAGUUUUAAGAGAUGGAAAAUGGGAAAUCAUUGACAGUAAAUAUUUAACUAUUGGAGAUAUUGUUGAAUUGAGUGUAGGAAAUAAAACUCCAGCAGAUGUAAGAAUUAUUAAAAUAUUUUCAACAAGUAUUAAAGUGGAACAAAGUAUGUUAACUGGUGAGUCAUGUUCAGUUGAUAAAUAUUGUGAACAGUUAGAUGCAAGUUUUAAAAAUUGUGAAAUACAAUUGAAAAGAAACAUUUUAUUUUCUUCUACGGCUAUUGUAGCUGGUAGAUGUAUAGCUGUUGUAAUAAAUAUUGGUAUGAAUACAGAAAUAGGGAAAAUACAACAUGCAGUUAUCGAAUCAACAAAUGAAGAUACUGACACACCUUUGCAAAUCAAAAUAGAUUCAUUUGGAAGACAGUUAUCUAAAAUUAUUUUUAUCAUCUGUGUAACUGUAUGGAUAAUCAAUUUUAAACAUUUUUCUGAUCCUGUCCAUGGUUCCUUUUUAUAUGGCUGUUUAUACUACUUUAAAAUUAGCGUUGCUUUGGCUGUCGCAGCAAUUCCAGAAGGAUUACCUGCCGUUAUAACAACCUGUCUUGCCUUAGGGACUAGGAGAAUGGUUAAGAAAAAUGCUAUUGUUAGAAAAUUGCAAAGUGUUGAAACUUUAGGUUGUACAACAGUUAUAUGUUCAGAUAAAACUGGAACUUUGACAACUAACCAAAUGACUACUACUGUAUUUCAUUUGUUUCGAGAACCCAACACACUGAAAGAAUAUCAGUUGUGUCAAAAGGGGGAAAUCUUCUUUUUUUAUGAAUCCUGUCUUGCGAAUGAUGAUGUUGAAAAUGAAUCAUUUUUUAACAAUCUCAAAGCGGAUGGAGGAAAUAACGACAAAGUUCUAUAUGAAGAAUCUUCCACGUCUUCUAAGAAUAAAAAAUUAUCAAAUACAAAUGUGACCUAUGAAUAUGGAGAAAGGGAGGAAGAAGAAGAAGAGGAAGAAGAAGUUGGCGAUUUUGAUGAAUACCUGAUGAAUAACGAAACAGAUAUGCCAUUGAAGCAUAUGCAUACUAAUGUAAAUACAAUUAUAAGCAGAGGUAGUAAAAUUUUAGAAGAUAAGAUUAAGAAAUAUUCCUAUUCAGAAUUUGAUUACAAUUUUUACAUGUGUAUGAUAAAUUGCAAUGAAGCAAAUAUUUUUUGUAAUGAUGAAAACGAAAUUGUGAAGAUUUUUGGGGAUAGCACUGAAUUAGCUCUUCUUCACUUUGUGCACAAUUUUGACAUUAGACCAAAUUCAACAAAAAAUAAUUCUAUGGCAGCUGAAUAUGAAAAAAGGGUUUCUGACAAAAAUAGAACCCAUAAGAAAGAUAGUGAAAAAUGUUCUACAUCUACGUCCUCCACAGGAGGAACAAUGGGGAAUAAUAACUCUUCCUAUAAUCAAUACGAUUCAUUGAAAAGCAAAAACGGAAAAGGAGUAGCAAACGGAAAGGUUGGAAGUACUGCAGAAAAUGAAGAAGAAGAAGACGAGGAAGAGAGUAAAAGCUACCCAAGUGAAUGUAUAGCUGCAUGGCGAAAUGAAUGUCAACUUGUCAAAAUUAUCGAGUUUACGAGAGAAAGAAAGCUAAUGAGUGUAAUUGUUGAAAAUAAAAAAAAAGAUCCAAUUCUUUAUUGCAAAGGUGCACCUGAAAAUAUCAUCAGAAAUUGUAAUUGGUACCUUUCGAAAAAUGAAACGAAACCUUUAACAGAAGAACUCAAAAAUAUGAUCUGUGACAGAAUCAAAGGAAUGGGUAAAAGAGCACUUAGAACCUUAAGCUUUGCAUACAAAAAGUUGAAAAAAGCAGAUUUAAAUAUGACUAAUGUAGAUGGUUAUUUUAAAUUAGAAAAAGAUAUGGUUUACCUUGGAGGACUGGGAAUAAUCGACCCACCAAGGAAGUAUGUAGGAAGAGCUAUUAGCUUAUGCCAUUAUGCUGGAAUUCGAGUUUUUAUGAUAACGGGUGAUAAUAUGGAUACUGCUAAAGCUAUAGCAAAGGAAAUUAACAUACUAAGUAAUGAUGACACAGAUGAUGAGAGUGAACAGUAUCAGCGGGAAAAAUCAAAUCGGAAGAUGGACUUGUCUAAAGGAGGAAUUAGUGGAGGAGAGAAAAAAAGUAAAAGUAAUAAAUGCUGUUACAGUGGAAGAGAGUUUGAAGAUCUACCAAUAGAAAUUCAAAAAGACAUUUUGAAAAAUAAACAACGUAUUGUUUUCUGUAGAACAGAACCAAAACAUAAGAAACAAAUUGUUAAAAUUCUGAAAGAUCUUGGAGAAACUGUAGCUAUGACAGGUGAUGGUGUUAACGAUGCUCCUGCACUCAAGUCAGCUGAUAUAGGAAUAGCCAUGGGAAUCAACGGUACAGAGGUAGCUAAAGAAGCAUCUGAUAUUGUUCUAGCUGAUGAUAACUUCAACACUAUUGUCGAGGCAAUUAAAGAGGGAAGAUGUAUUUACAACAACAUGAAGGCAUUCAUUCGCUACCUCAUAAGUAGCAAUAUUGGAGAAGUAGCGUCCAUUUUUAUCACUGCCCUUUUGGGAAUUCCCGACAGCCUAGCCCCCGUGCAAUUGCUAUGGGUCAACUUAGUGACUGAUGGGCUCCCAGCCACUGCUCUUGGAUUCAAUCCCCCAGAACAUGACGUCAUGAAAUGCAAACCCAGACACAAGAACGACAAUUUGAUAAACGGAUUGACACUCCUAAGAUAUAUUGUGAUAGGAACUUAUGUAGGAAUAGCAACCGUUUCGAUAUUUGUAUACUGGUAUGUGUUCUACCCGGACUCAGACAAUCACACGCUUAUAAACUUUUACCAGUUAUCCCAUUACAAUCAAUGCAAGGCUUGGAGUACUUUUAAUGUCAACAGAGUUUAUGGAAUGUCAGAAGAUCCUUGUUCAUAUUUUUCCUCAGGAAAAGUCAAGGCAAGCACCCUAUCUCUAUCAGUCCUAGUCGUAAUAGAAAUGUUUAACGCCCUAAACGCUCUGAGCGAAUAUAACUCAUUGUUUAAAAUUCCUCCAUGGAGAAACAUGUAUCUUGUUUUAGCUACGAUAGGAUCACUGCUCCUACAUUUUAUGAUUUUAUACAUUCCUCCCUUGGCUAAAAUAUUUGGAGUAGUUGCACUGACAUCAUACGAUUGGUUUCUAGUUUUUUUGUGGUCCUUUCCUGUUAUUGUCAUUGAUGAAAUUAUCAAGUUUUAUGCGAAGAGACAAUUAAACAAGGGGUUGUCGUCAUCCACUAAGCAGAAGCUUGACUAA